ACACUAAACAACUCAAUCUGCCCUUGCAUUGAAUCGAUACAACAGAGAGAAAUAAAAUAUGAAGCAGCUACUUCUUGUGCUUAUCUUUACAGUUCUACCGCACAUCACUGUGGGGACAGGUGAUUGGUGCUACCAGUCCCAGUUUUCAUGCAGUGGACAAUGCAGUUUUCCGAGUAAUUGGAUUAAAAUAUCUGCAAAAUGUGGUGAAAAAAAGCAGUCCCCAAUUAACAUUGUGACACGAAAAACUGUUUAUGAUUCGAAGCUGAAUUCAUUUACCUUUGAAAGCUAUGACAGCUCCAAUACUGUAACAAUAAAAAACAACGGCCACACUGUUCAAGUUGAUCUGGCGGAUAAUAUAACGAUCAGCGGUGGACGUCUUGAUGGAAAAUACAAAGCUUUGCAGUUGCACCUGCACUGGGGCACUGAUGCAGGCCCUGGCUCAGAGCACACAGUAGACGGGGAGCAGUACCCCAUGGAGCUACAUAUUGUCCACAUAAAAAGGAACUAUACUGACAUAACUCAGGCGCUAACUGAUCCAACUGGCAUUGCUGUGCUUGGAUUCAUGUACGAGGAGGCAGCUCAAGAUAAUAUAAAAUACAAACCUCUAAUUGAUGCCUUAUUAAAAGUUCAAGACAAAGGCACGUACUCUGCAAUCCCUAACAUGAAGUUGACCGACCUCAUUCUGACAAAAGAAAACCUGGCUAAUUAUUUCCGCUAUGAAGGAUCUCUGACGACCCCCUCGUGUGAUCAAGCUGUGGUCUGGACACUUUUUGAAAAAACGAUUCCUCUCAGCAAAGCACAGCUUUCUGCUUUUUCACAGAAACUCUUCUUCAAAACAAACAAAACAAUGAGGGGAACGUUUCGACCCGUUCAGCCUCUGCACGGCCGCACUGUGUACAGGUCUGGGAGCAGCGUUACCUUUGCCAGCACUACAGUACUAUCAGUCUCUGUUAUAUGUGCCCUUGGGUUGUCAUCCUGGAUUCACUAAGGGCAUAUACAGUUUAUACCUGCUUGUAGUAAAAUUUUGUUAACAGGCCAAGAGUAAAUAUAACAAAAUAGCCUUGUGUUAAUUCAAAUGCAUUAUGAGGCAGGCAUUUGAGGAAUGCGGCAUCUGAUUGCAUCCAUAACUUGAAAUCCUCGUUUGUAAUUUCUUUGGUAAAAGUCAACUAGACAAUCGUUUAUUUAGACUAUAAUUAAACUGGCAUUAAGUCAAUUUGAUUAAAAAUAAUGAAAUACUGAAGAAUAUAUGCAUAAUAUAGGCUGCAAUAGCAAACACAUAUACACAUAUACAUUUUUGGUAUUAAACGUUGUAGAUGAAACUGUAUUAUAUAUAUAUAUAUAUAUAUAUAUAUAUAUAUAUAUAUAUAUAUAUAUAUAUAUAUAUAUAUAUAAUCAAAAACAUUUUGUGCAAUUAAUUAACCUUUCUGUACACUGUUUUCUUCCGUUGAAACAGAUAUAUGAAAAAGCAUUGUAUGAAGGACAUCAAUUAGAUAGGAAAACUGUAUCACUGAAAUGUAUCAUUUUUCAUUUAAAAACAGGUACAUUUUAGCAACCUAUUGCAGCAUAUGUCAUAUUUAUUUAUUAAUAUGUGCAGAACAACAUCUACACUAGUCAAUCAGCAGAUUGUACGUUCUGCCCACGUGCGUUUGGAAUAAGGCUAUAUUUAUUUAUCUACCUCGAGGCUUCUAUUGUCUGUUAUAAAUGUAAUUAUUGUGAUUGUUUCCCGGGAUUAUGGAACUCUACUGAACCGAUUAUGAACUGUGUCGUGUACUGUAUAUUUGUACUGCAUUGUAGGUAUAAGAAUGUUAACUAUGUUUUUUGAAUUACACCAACUCACACAUUUUAAUUUAAAAACCUGCUAGGGUCAGGUUCAGAAUUUAAAAAAAAUGCAGUAAUUGAAGAAACUGUGAUAUAUUUAUAUACAAUAGAUUUAAGGCUUGUUUGAAAUGGCAAUGCAGAUGGAGUGACCCUCCUCAAUGUUAUGGGUUACUGUGAAAACUAUUUGUAAUGAUACACAAGAUACAAGAUUAUGAAGACUAUGACAUAUGAUAUAUAUAUAGAACCAGAAGUGGACAUUGCCUAUGUUGUUUCUGCAUUUGUUAACUUUAUAAUACAUCAUUAUGAGUUCUCAAAUGUGUUCAUUUUUACAUGUGCAUAUGGAGCUAUGCAUAUUUAUUAAAUUAAAAGUUUUACAUCACA